UGGCAUUCAGUAGAUUUUUUCUGAUUGUCAUAGACACAACACAUCAUGAAGGUAUUCCUUGUACUCGCCGUUGUGGUCGCCUCGGCCUAUGCUUAUGGUGCCGGUGGUAAAGGUAGUUCCAGUGCUAGUUCUAGUGCCACUGCCACGGCUGCUGGCAGUGCCGGUGGAUUAGGCGGUGGUUUCGCCGGAGGUUUGGGUGGAGCUGGUGGCCACCGUCCACAUCACCACCACCAUGGUGGUGGUGUUGGAGGUUUUGGUGGUCCCGGUGCUGGCGGCUUCGGUGGUGCUGGAGCUGGUGGAUUUGGCGGUGCCGGCGCUGGUGGUUUUGGCGGUCCAGGUGCUGGCGGUUUUGGAGGUCCAGGUGCUGGCGGUUUUGGCGGAGCUGGAGCUGGCGGUUUUGGUGGUGCUGGAGCUGGCGGUUUUGGAGGCCCAGGCGCUGGUGGUUUCGGUGGUGCUGGCGGCUUUGGUGGUCCCGGUGCCGGCGGUUUUGGUGGUCCUGGCGGAUUCGGUGGUCCCGGAGCCGGUGGUUUCGGUAACGCCGGUGGUUCAGCCUCAGCAAAUUCAGGUGCUUCCUCUUCUGCUCUCGGUGGUGGUGUUGGUGGUUUUGGCGGCCCAGGUGCUGGCGGUUUUGGCGGUCCAGGUGCUGGUGGUUUUGGCGGUGCUGGCGGUUUUGGUGGUCCCGGUGCUGGUGGUUUCGGUAAUGCCGGUGGUGCAGCUUCUGCCAACUCUGGUGCUACUGCUUCAACUAUCGGCGGUGGAGUUGGCGGUUUCGGUGGCCCAGGUGGUUUUGGUGGUCCUGGCGGUUUUGGUGGUCCCGGUGGCUUCGGCAGUGCCGGAGGUUCUGCCUCAGCUUCGGCUAGCGCUACAUCAUCGGCUGUUGGCGGUGGUCUCGGUGGUCUAGGUGGCUCCUCGGCUAAUGCCAACGCAGUCGCCAAUGCCGUUGCCAGCGGUUAAAUGUUGUUAUUUGUUAAAGUUAACUUAAUUUAAGUUUAAUUUAUUAUCAAUUAAUAAUUAGAAGUUCCAUUUUAAAACAA